AUGCAAGAACCAGUCUACAACCCUGAGUCUCCUCUGGCAAAAACCACCGUGACUUACCAGUAUGAGCUAGUCAACUGUCCCGGAAAGACCAUAGUAGGAAUGCUUGUCGAAUAUCCUCCGAACGGUGCGACGCCACCUCACAGACACAGAGGCGCUUCCGUCUCCGCCUAUGUGAUCCACGGCUCUGUCUUGAAUAAGAUGAAUAAUAAUCCGAUGACGACAAUCGAGGAGGGCGGUUCCUGGUAUGAGGCACCAGGCUGCCAUCACCGGAUUAGCGCCAAUGCGAGCCAGGCGAAGCCGGCGGUGUUCUUCGUGACUUUUGUGAUCGACUCAGAGACUUUAGAGCGAGAGGGCCCAUCGGUACUUGUGCAAUAUGAUGUAGAGUAUCAGGAGAUUGUCGCAAAGAAAAUGCAUUCAUAA